GGGGCCGCUGUGUGAAAGACAGCAAUGUUAACCGUUACACCAUAUCCGAUGUGUCAUGAGUCCUCGACAUUGCGCAUAUGAGUUAGCAUCGUAAGUUAACGGAAGGUUCUCAGCAGUUGCCAUCUGAGAGACUUCACCGUGGGUUGCCCUUUUCUCUGUCAACACACGAUGACCGAUCAACCCACAAAACAAAAACUAUGGGGCGGGAGGUUUGCAGGCAAAACGGAUCCUCUGAUGCAUGCGUUUAAUCAGUCCCUCAAGUAUGAUCAGAGGAUGCAUGCUGCCGAUAUUCGUGGAUCAAUUGCGUAUGCAAAAGCUCUCCGACGUGUUGGUCUUCUUACCGAGGAAGAAGAAAUCAAAAUGACUCAAGGUUUAGAUGCUGUCGGUCGAGAAUGGGCAACUGGUCAAUUCCGACCUGCCUCUGAUGAUGAGGACAUCCAUACUGCAAACGAACGCAGACUAAGCGAGCUGAUCGGCCCACUCGGCGGAAAACUUCAUACUGGACGCUCUCGCAAUGAUCAAGUGGCAACCGACAUGCGCCUUUGGCUUCUCGGUGAAGUGGAUGACAUACAAUCCAGUCUCAAAGGUCUCGUGCGCAUCAUGGUAGAGCGUGCAGACAAGGAGAGAGAUAUUCUGCUCCCUGGGUAUACCCAUCUCCAACGAGGACAACCUAUUCGGUGGUCACACUUCCUGUUGUCGCACGCCUUUUCGUUCCGCAACGAUCUUGAGCGACUUCAUCAACUCAUCCCGCGUAUUUCCGUUCUACCUUUGGGAAGCGGUGCCCUAGCUGGCAAUCCAUUCUCAAUCGAUCGUGAAUUUCUUGCCAAAGAACUGGGGUUCGCUUCACUUGCCGAAAAUAGCAUGUGGGGGGUCGGCGAUCGUGACUUCAUUGUCGAAUUUUUGAUGUGGUCAAGCCUCACUAUGAUUCACAUGAGCCGUCUGGCUGAGGAUUUGAUCAUAUAUUCCACUGCCGAGUUUGGCUUCGUCACUCUCAGCGAUGCAUACAGCACUGGCUCGAGCAUGAUGCCCCAGAAGAAGAACCCAGACUCUCUUGAAUUAUUGCGAGGAAAAUCUGGGCGCAUCUUUGGAGAUAUGGCAGGAUUCAUGAUGACGCUGAAGGGUUUACCGUCGACAUACAAUAAGGAUCUUCAGGAAGACAAAGAACCACUAUUUGACACUGUCGACAACAUUUCUGCAUCGCUCAAGAUCACGGAGGGUGUCAUAGCGACUAUGGAAGUCCAUGGCGAAAAGAUGAAACAAGCACUGACUAUGGAUGUCCUUGCUACCGAUCUUGCUGAUUAUCUCGUCCGGAAAGGGGUGCCUUUCCGUGAGACCCAUCACGUUUCUGGCCGUGCUGUUGCUUUGGCCGAGGCUAGGAAAUGCCAGUUGAAUGAAUUGUCUGUCGAGGACUACAAGGGUCUACACGAAAGGUUCUCUGACGAUGUGGUCGAAGUCUUCAACUUCGAAGCCAGUGUUGAGAGAAGGUCAUCUAUUGGUGGACCAAGCCGCAAGACGCUGGACAGGCAGAUCGCGGUCCUGCGAGCAGCGCUUGGCCAAAAAUAGUUCCGAAAUCUGUACAUUUGGUCACUUUGAUGCCAAUCGCCGUGACUUCAAUAAUAAAAUAAGAGCCUUGUAACUGGACCCUGAGACCCGUACAACCGUUGAACCUGUGUCUGCCAGUGGGAGAGCGCCAAGCUGAACCGCUAGCACAA